AUGGGGUCAAUCGCGGACGAAAAGUCCAAGAGCGCGCCCCUCAACGAUGCCACUAAUGGUGGCGAGGGCUCCGCAAAGGCCUCCAAGGAGAGUCCGGAGCGCCCACCUUCAUACAAUCAGCCAGACGAGCCAGAUGUCGUGGUCCAAUUGCCUCAGCUCAAGCUCACAGACAAAGAUGUGCCAGUCAGUGAGACAACUCAGACCGUCAGUCGCGACCAGGUCGUCGCGCAUCUGAAGUUCCUUGCCGUUCUGGGAGACCUGCGGGACUUUGUCUCCAACAGUGACGGUCUCUUUGGUCUAUUUGACUCUGCCGCCGACAAGUACCCCGACUCGGUCAACGAAGCUCGUGUUCGUAUACGCGAGAAGCGCUGGGCUGUGUAUACGGCUCGCGCCGUUGAUCGAUAUCAGAAAUGGUGGUCGGCUUGCCUCCCAAUGUCCCGAUCGGUUGUAAGGAUGCAAGACUUGAGCUCGGCUACUUAUGAAACGAUCGUGAAUUGCGACACCAAGGUUCUGUGGAGUGUAGAUAACAUGCCCCCAAUUGGUGAGUGUUUAAUUAAGGGUCUCCCCAUCCUCAGCAUAACUAACAACUUGUGCCUAGAUAUCUUGAUGGUAUGGCACUCCCAUAUGCUCAAUCCGAGAGACUUCCUCGAAGAUUGCAUCCGGUCUGGCAAGAUGAGCACUUGGAGAACGGGCUUCCCCUUUGCCGCCGUGAAUGAUUGCAUCAAUGACCGAACCUUGGAGUACACCGUGCCCGAGAAAACGAGACUGCUAUUCCAGGAGCGGCUCAAAUUAAGCUGGGACAACUUCCAUGAUCCACCCGGCAAGGAUCUCGAAUGUCCCCGCUGCACCCGAAUCAACACUGUCCUCUGGACCGAAGGGGGCAUCGGAGAGUCGGCGAAGGAAGCCUUCAAGGAUAGCACCGGGUUCGCCGAUCGGUCAUUCGCAACUACCUGCAAGCACUGCAGAUGCCUCAUCAACCAUGACCGCCUUAGAGUCGCAAAAUUCCGCAGCGACCUGAUCGAACUACUUAAUGAUAAGCUGCCGAUGCCAGGGUCCAUCUACAAUCUCAACGGCGUUCCCGAAGGCCUUUCUAGAGGGAAAGGUCUGCUCCUCCACCAAUAUAUGCUUUUCCCAUCGCUACUGAUGGAGGUUAUCGGGAGAGACUUGCUCGCUUUCACCGACCCUCGACUGGAUCGGUGCAGGGACAUCGAUGGCCUUCGCAAGGAGCUUGAAAUGAAGCUGCGCGACCGAAAGGUGGUAAGCAAAGCGCACCAAGGUGUCUUGCGGAAUAGCUCUAUCGUCCGGCCCGGCGAGAAGGUGCACUUCCGCCGCAUGAUGUCGCACUACUGGGAGAAUUUCAGCCCCUUCGCGCUUGAUCUCGUCGGCGCGGUGAUCCGUCAGGGAACCUUUGUCCAGAAGAUGGACAACAUUGACUGGUUGCACUCGCCCACAGUCAUGGAAACUGCGGAUCGUCUAAUCAAGAAGUACAACGUCUUCUUCCAGAUUAUGUACGACAAUCCAUCGAAAAUGGCCGUUCCAACGUUGGACGUCGAUCUCGCCUGGCACACGCACCAGCUCCAACCAAGACGAUACUACAAAUACAGCACGCGCAUAAAAUCCUCGGGACUCCGCAUUUUCUUCGAUCACGACGACAAAGUCGACGAGAAUAAACUCUCCGAAUCCUUCGAGUGGACAAGCAAAAUGUACCGCCGUGCCACGGACGGCGCUAUCUACAGCGAGUGCACCUGCUGGUACUGCGAGGCUACCCGCGCACCGGAUCUAUACGAUCGCCUCUUCAACAUGGGCUCUGCCUCGCGAGCUCGUGAUAACGCAGAUACCCUCCACGACCGCGCAGAUAUAUCGUCUGACCCGGACAAGAACCCACAUAUCUCCGCACACAACGCUGUGCGACCAUCGAGCCUCGCAUCCCUGGAUCCCCGUGUCAGCCAGCUCCAGCGCAUCCGUCUGCAUCAGAACUAUGAGAAAGCCGUUCGACGUGCCGAGAAGCGCGGCCGUGUCCGGUCUGAUGCGCAGAGGAGCAAGGACGGCGGUUACGAGCCGUACUACUAUGCCCCCUAUGUCUGGGGCUACCCAAUCGUGGUACCUUACUAUGGUCCAUACAUGUGUGAUCCGGGUAUCAGUUCGGACUCUUAUGCUUGCAACCCGAGCUGUAUGAAUGUCAACGCCGGUGCUGUGGGCAACUGCUGCUCUGGAACAUGCGGCGGUGGCGUGGCAGCUGGUGCUUGCGGUGGUGCCGGUGGAUUUGGCUGUGCUGGUGGAUCUGGAGCUGCCUGUGGAGGAGGUGGAUCUGCCUGCGGAGGAGGAGGAGGAGGAGGAUGCGGAGGAGGAGGAGGAGGCGGUUGUGGUGGCGGCGGUGGUGGUUAA